AUGAGCGAUAUGAGGAAAAGUUCUAAAAAGAAAGCCUUAAACGCGAGGGAACGUAUUCCCGAUGAAGGAUACAAUUUUGAGAUACAAUGCAAAUAUCCGCCCGAUAGAGUGCCUCGUAGGAAAUGGGAAUGUAUGUGUAUGUCUUGGAACACUGAAGAUCGAAAAAGAAGUAUAAAGCAGGGAGAGAAAAUCGCAAGAAUGACUUAUGUCGUCAUUCAGACGGGUCAAUCGGGUAUGACGAACACCACCGCAACUUGGAAAAAAAUAAAGGGUAAAAAGGUUGGAUUCGCAGAAGUAUUACUUCAUACCCACGCCACCAAAGAGUGUAAAAAGAGAUUACAUGAUGGGGAGAUCAAUGCAAAUGACUAUGAUAAGUUAGAGUUUGUUACUGAUCGUUCAAAACGUUCAUAUGUCUCCUACAUGAAAAAACUUGAAAGGGUGUAUGGGAACACAAAUUGCGAUGAUAUGGAAGUGUGGGAGAGUCUGCAUCCCGAGUGUCAGGGCCACCAGUUGUUCGGGGUGGGAUCUUCUGAUCCACAUUUUGUGCUGACUGGAACAACAUCUUCCAUAGCUAGUAUUCUAGAUGCCCGGCAAUCACAUGAGCUCCAAAAAGUUCAAGCAGAACUAGAAAAGGAACGAGAGGCUCGACAAAACAUAGAAGUCCGUUUUGAACAAUUUGAAUAAGAGCGGGGACAAGAAAGGGUUGAACGUGAACCAGAACGGGAACAAGAACGUGUUGAACGUGAACGAGAGCGGACCGAACAUGCUCGAUGGCAAAAAAACAUGGAAGCAAA